CUUUUCCUCUUUCUUUUCUACUUGAUACUUGUUGCUGGGGAUUUAUAAUUUUACCUCUGUUUCUGUUUUAUUCUGCUUUCCGAACUAUCAAUCAUUGACAGUAGUAUUCCAUUGCUUGAUUGUCAUUUCGUGCUGAUCUUAACCAUUGUUGGAGCUUCCCAUGGCGACUCAAGCUGGAGAUGUCUCUACAUCAACACCGACCGACGGUACAGGCGUACUGAAACUGGACCCGUGGCUGGAGCCAUUCCAGGACGCUCUCCGCCGUCGAUUUAGCUUCGUGGAGAGCUGGGUUAAGACGAUCAACGAGUCAGAAGGUGGCUUGGAAAAAUUCAGUCGAGGCUACGAGCGCUUCGGUUUCAAUGUCAGCGACAAUGGCGACAUCAUUUACAGAGAAUGGGCACCCAAUGCUACAGAGGCCCAGCUAGUCGGCGAUUUCAACAAUUGGGAUGCCACGGCCAACCCGAUGACGAAAGACAACUUUGGAGUCUGGGAGGUAACGGUGCCGGCCAAGGACGGGGCCCCAGCUAUUCCACAUGAUAGCAAAGUCAAGAUAACCAUGGUCCUCCCCAGCGGCGAACGAAUCUACCGGGUUCCCGCGUGGAUCAAACGCGUCACUCAAGACCUGGAUGUGUCCCCCGUCUAUGACCCUGUCUUCUGGAACCCUCCCCCGGCAGAGCGAUACCAAUUUAGGCACUCGCGCCCAAAGAAACCUGAGAGCCUACGUAUCUACGAAGCUCAUGUCGGGAUAUCCUCUCCAGAAACAAAAGUUGCGACCUACAAGGAGUUCACAGCAAACAUGCUACCUCGGAUCAAGUACCUGGGGUACAAUGCGAUUCAGCUCAUGGCAAUCAUGGAACACGCCUACUACGCGAGCUUCGGGUAUCAGGUUAACAACUUCUUCGCCGCAAGCAGCCGCUACGGCACGCCUGAGGACCUGAAAGAGCUUGUGGACACCGCCCACAGCAUGGGUCUGGUGGUUCUCCUUGAUGUGGUCCACAGCCACGCUUCAAAGAAUGUCCUCGAUGGGCUUAACAGGUUCGACGGCACGGACCACCAAUAUUUCCACGGAGGCGAGAAAGGGCAGCAUUCCCUAUGGGAUAGCCGACUAUUCAACUUUGGCAGUCAUGAGGUUUUGCGCUUUCUGCUCAGCAACCUUCGAUUCUGGAUGGAUGAGUAUGGGUUCGAUGGUUUCCGCUUCGAUGGCGUUACUAGUAUGCUCUAUACUCACCACGGUAUCGGAACGGGCUUUUCCGGCGGUUACCAUGAAUACUUCGGUCCUUCGGUGGAUGAAGAAGGCGUGAUGUAUCUGACCCUCGCCAACGACAUGCUCCACGAACUCUAUCCCAACUGCAUCACCAUAGCAGAAGAUGUGUCCGGAAUGCCCGCCCUGUGCCUACCGCACACCUUGGGAGGAGUUGGCUUCGACUACCGCCUCGCCAUGGCUGUUCCUGACUUGUAUAUCAAGCUCCUCAAGGAGAAGCAAGACAUCGAGUGGGACAUCGGCAAUCUUGCCUUCACACUCACCAACCGCCGUCACGGCGAAAAGACGAUCGCUUAUGCCGAAAGUCACGACCAAGCCUUGGUCGGCGACAAGACACUCAUGAUGUGGCUCUGCGACAAAGAGAUGUACACCAACAUGUCAGUCCUAACAGAAUUCACACCGACCAUCGAGCGAGGCAUGGCCCUCCACAAGAUGAUCCGGCUGGUAACGCACGGCCUCGGCGGCGAAGGCUACCUCAACUUCGAAGGCAACGAAUUCGGGCACCCCGAAUGGCUCGACUUCCCGCGCGAAGGCAACAACAACUCCUUCUGGUACGCGCGGCGGCAGCUCAACCUAACCGAGGACCCCCUGCUUCGCUACGGGCUCCUCAACGAAUUCGACCGCGCGAUGCAGCUCACCGAGCAGAAAUACGGCUGGCUGCACGCGUCGCAAGCGUACGUCAGCCUCAAGAACGAGACUGACAAGGUGCUCGUCUUCGAGCGCGCGGGCCUCCUCUGGAUCUUCAACUUCCAUCCGACCGAGAGCUUCACCGACUACCGCGUUGGCGUCCAGACCGCCGGUACUUACCGCAUUGUCCUCGACACCGACGACAAGGCGUUUGGGGGGCUGGGCCGUAAUCUCAAGGAGACAAGGUUCUUCACGACGGAUAUGGAGUGGAAUGGACGUGCCAAUUUCUUGCAGGUUUAUCUCCCGACGCGGACGGCUGUGGUCCUGGCACUGGAAGAAACAACCCUGUAGUUACAUAUCGAAUACCACCGUCAACAUUCAGUCCUCCAAUCAUAUCUAUUUCCAUUGCCGUAUCUAGACCAAUCAAUAUAC